UUAUUUUUUUAUAAUUACGCAGCAAAUUGGUGGUCGACUUUUGGUGCAUUGACUCCUAACUUGUAGAAAAUUGCUAUGAAGAUCCUCUCUUUAACUACUAGUUCAUCAGGGUGUGAAAGAAAUUGGAGUACAUUUGAAGGGGUGCAUACAAAGAAAAGGAAUAGACUAGAUACACAUCGAUUAAAUAAUCUAGUCUUUGUUCAAUUCAAUGCAAAACUGAUGAACAAGAAAAAUAGGGAGAAAGAGAGGAAUAUUGAGGUUCUUCUAGCAAAUGAUGCAAGUUCUGCACAAGAUUGGAUUGUUGAUGGGGCUGAUGAUGAAGUUGAACACGACACGGGCAUGACUUGGAAAGUUGUUAGUGAUGCUAUGGGAGCAGAUGAAGCGCUUAGGCCUAGAAGAAGUAGUAGACUUAGAGAACUUGAUGAGGAUGACUUUCAAUCCGAGAGUGAGGAGGAAGUGAGUGUGUAUGAGUUUGAUUUUGAAUCAGACGAAGAGCAUGUCAUAGAAGAAUAUGGAGAAGGAGAGGAAUUUUCCUAAGGAUUUGUAGUACAAACUGAUGUUAUGAUUGUUAUCUUUGUAGUAUGUACUUUGUAGUUUGUAGUUUGUACUAGACUACUAGUUUGUUUCCAUGUUUUUUUUCCUUUGAAGUUGGAACUUUGAAUACUUUGAUGCUAUUUGCUAUUUAGCUUAGGCUACUUGAUGUUCAUUUUGGUAUCACUUGCUAGUUGUUACUUGUUUUGAAUUUUGGUA